UAUAGUCAUCCUUUCCACGCUACAGCCAUUGACUGGAAUGGAUUAGUCAACAUAUAGUUCUAUUUUGCCUAGUUGGGACUUAUCUCAUACACCUUGAUAUUUUCUAUCUACCACUACCACCCACCUGUGUAGAUAAGUAAAGCGUCAGACUUGUACUUAUCCCACAUUUACUACUUAUUUGACAAGACAACCAUGUUAGACAAAUUAGGAAGCCAAUUGAAAGCUGGAGCUUUGGUGGGCUGCAAAAGGACUCAUCCCAAAGCAUCGGCCGGCCAACUCAUAUAACUGUAAGUUGCCUCAGCAACAUGAGUUCCUUACAUCUAGGAAGGAAAAAGGAAAAACUCAAGGAGAACUGAGAUGAGCAGAGGUUGAAGCAUGUUUUCAACGAAUGAAGGUAUAAGGCAAAGAUACGAUAUAUGCCUGCAAAAGUGGAAAAAUCUAAAUUUUCUUCCUUGCAUCGUGUGCAUCAGCUUGACUAACAGAUAGGAUGCCAGGCUUGACUUCUCUUCCUCUUCCCUCCUGUAUUGGUCGAGCCACAGAUAAUUAACCUCCUCCUUUACUCUUGCUUCAACUUUCUUGUCUGAUCUUGCCUUUGCUAAGCUUCAAUGAUUAGCUCUCAUGCAUUUCUUCUCUCCCUGCAUGGAUUAGCCAUGGUUUCCACACUUAUAACAAACACUGAAGGGCAAGCUUUUUGCCCUUCUUUCUCCUGUGGGCAUCUUCAAGACAUACGAUCUCCUUUCCGUAUGCAAGGUGAUCCACAAGGUUGUGGUUUUCCAGAGUAUGAGCUGGUUUGCAUUGAUAGCAAGGCUAUAAUUCACAUCAACAGUGGAAGAUACUUUGUGACUAACAUCUCCUACACUGACUCUACUUUCUGGGUUGUUGAUGCCAAUUUGGAUAAUAGCAGCUGUCCCAUUCCUGCGAGCAACCAACAUCCCUAUAUAAAUGGUUUGCAAUCCGAAGGCAGCACCUUGCUGGAUCCUGAUACAGUAACUUGGGCUGCCUUUAUCACUUGUUCAGAGAUGCUAAGUGAUGUUACUUCCUUGUUCAGCAGUUGCUGUAGUGGUAUUUACAGGCCUGUCAAUUGCCGAAGUACGAAGAAUUCUUUUGUUUAUGUCUUCACUACCACAUUCUUCCCAAUGGUUGGAUACAUCAAGCCGUCAUGUAGAUACUUGUCCAUGAUUCCUUUGGGCAGUCGACAUGUCAAGCGACCAGAUAAUGCAAGUUAUGAAGAUAUUGUAAAAUUUAUGAGGAAUGGCUUUUCUGUUGAUUUUCCUUAUAGCAGUGGAUGGACAUAUCAUUGGAUCAUUAACUUAUGCCUGAAAGAGGCAAAGGGUUACUACAAUGAUAAAAUAUCUAACUCAAGCAUUGUGGAUCAGACUUUUGCCACCGCUUUUGGGAUCGACCUUCAUUUCUUAAGAUGUGUAAAUGAUUAUUCAUACCGAACUAAAUUAUUUUGGGCUGUGGUCGCCAUGAUAUCUGCUGUGGACAUUGUGAAGUUCGUGAUAGUGUUUGGAAUGCUAUCGAGGUUUGUGUUUGCACCAUUAGCUGUAUUGACCUUCCUCGCCUACAAAUACUGGAAAACAAGGAUAUCUAUUGAUGCAGUUGAGAAGUUUCUCCAAAUGCAACAAGCUCUUAGCCCAACAAGGUAUGCCUAUACCGACAUCACUGCAAUCACAGGGCACUUCAGAGAGAAGCUUGGCCAAGGAGGCUAUGGAUCCGUGUACAAAGGCAUGCUUCCAGGUGAUGUCAAUGUUGCUGUCAAAAUGUUGGGCAAUUCAUUGUGCAAUGGAGACGAAUUUAUCAGUGAAGUGUCCACCAUCGGAAGUAUCCACCAUGUCAAUGUAGUGCGUCUCGUGGGAUUUUGUUCAGAAGAAAUGAAGAGGGCUCUCGUCUAUGAGUACAUGCCUCGUGGAUCUCUUGAUAAGUACAUCUUUUCUUCUGAGCAAAGAUUUUCCUGGGAUAAGCUCAAUGAAAUAGCUUUAGGCAUUGCCAGAGGAAUCAACUACUUGCACCAAGGAUGUGAAAUGCAGAUACUGCACUUUGACAUCAAACCACACAACAUCCUUUUAGACAAUAACUUCACUCCUAAAGUUGCCGACUUCGGGCUAGCCAAAUUGUACCCGAGGGACAACAGCUUUGUGCCGGUGAGCGCUGCAUGGGGAACUAUCGGGUACAUAGCUCCCGAGAUGAUAUCCCGUAAUUUCGGUGUUGUUUCAUGCAAGUCAGAUGUUUACAGCUUCGGGAUGCUAUUGCUGGAGAUGGCUGGGGGGCGAAGAAACUUAGACCAACAUGCAGAAAGGAGAAGCCAGAUGUACUACCCAGCUUGGGUGUAUAAUCAUCUAACUCGGCAAGAGGUAGGCGAGAUUUGCGAAGCUUUUGAUAUCCAUGAGGUGGAGAGGAAGCUGUGUGUUGUUGGGUUAUGGUGCAUUCAGAUGAAAUCACAUGAUCGACCAACGAUGAGUGAGGUCAUUGGGAUGCUUGAAGCUGGCGUUGAUGGUCUUCAGAUGCCUCCCGAGCCAUUCUUCUGUGGGGAUGAGCAGAAUUCCGUAACUGGUACUUUCCGUUUGUCCUCGGAGUUGAGUGCAAUCUCAGAGAAUGAAUGAGGUUACUAAUUCCACAAGAUGAACCGCCAAUGUGUUACAGGUAGCUAGAAUCUGAAAAUCUAUAUUCACGGUUGUACUUGGAUGAUGCUCAAUAUUCUUUUAGUUGUGUGGUGGCUAGUCAGAUGUGGGCUAUGCUAUCUGAUGUACUAGGUGUUCAGCUAGGUAGUUCUGUUGAUUCAGUUGGAAAGUAUUGGCUUAGUAAUAAGAAAAAUGGGGUGAUCAAUGCAUUCUCUUCUGCUACCUUGUGGUGCUUAUGGAAAUUGAGGAAUGAUCUUUGUUUUCAGAGGAUGGAGUGGAAGAGUAUGGAGAUACUCUAUCACAGUAUUUCUGGCACGGAGCAAAACUGGAGUAUACUUUACACGGAGGACAAACGAGCAGCUAUCAUGGAGAAAACUGGGGAUCUCAGAUCGAUGGCGUGGAGAUGGUUCUGGCUGACACCAUGAUGUUCCAGAUGGCAAGUGGGCGGCCAGUUAUGAAGCUGUUGAUGGAUGAUCUUAAUUCGGUGUCUGCUGUUUAGAUUCCUUUUGCAAUAGUCCUGUAGAGUUUUUUGCUUCAGUUCUGUUAAACUCUUUUAGCUGUUGUCGAGGUUGCUCUGGAGUUUGGUCUUUAAUCUCGGAUGGUAUGGGAAUUUGUACUUCCAUAUGCUGCGAUCCUGGUUGCCAUCCAAACGGAAUUCAUAAGUUUUGGGAGGAAUCAGAACGGCCUUGUGCUGCUUUGCUCUGUUCGAAGUUGAUUCACACUCUCUGCCCGGCUUUUA